CAAAUUCUGUGAGGGUCAGAAAGAUAGACCAAGACCUUGAAUUGUUUUGAAUGUGCGGCUCGCUUCAGCCAUUCCUACAACCCUGAUGAGAUGCUUUUCGAAGGCAGUGGCCCGAAUUCGCUCCUCGGAGUGAAUCUGUGGACAACCCAAAAACAUUUCAAGAUUACAAACUCUGACACGACAUCAUGAGUGACUCAGUGUGCAUACAGCAUGAUCACGACUGGGUGCUCAAGCUCCCAUAUUGAUAGAUCACCGACUGAAACACAAACGGGACCGGUGCUACUGCACGUAAAAAUGAUGACACCUUCAGAUCCGAUGUCAAGUUUGUGGCAUUGCAGAAGUCUUCCCAGCUCGAUUAGCGCUUAUGUCAUUGAUCGCCGCAAGGCGUUUCGAUCAUUUGAGCUUUUCAGGUUGGGUAUUGUUCUGUAGCUGCUGCUAAACUUGUUCACAAAUCGUGACGAACAAAAUAUCCGACACUUUCCCUGAAACAAUUCUACCUCUUGUGUGUAAUUACCACAAAGAUCAAAACAUGAAAUUGGAGCUCCUGAUCAUGCAAGUGCGGCAGCUGGAAUGAGAAACGCACUUCCAAAAUGCAUUUUCAUGAUGAGUAACUUGAAUACUUGCUACUUCUGACAAGUUUCAAAGCUUGUGUGAGAACAACCUUCAACCACCAAGAUCACUGAUAGUAGUUGCACUCACGCUCACGCACUUCCAAAAUUACUAAAUGCAUUUUUGUGAUGAGUAACUUGAAUACUUGCUACUUCUGACCAGUUUCAAAGCUUGUGUGAGAACAACCUUCAACCACCAAGAUCUCUGAUAGUAGUUGCAUUCUCUUCGCCUUUGCCAUGUGCUCCAGAAAGCGCAUUCGAAUGCGCAUUCCGCAUUUCCGUGAUGAGUAAACAGAAUACUUGCUACUUCUGACACUGCCUUCGGCAAUGGCUGAGAACACACUUCUAACCACCAAGAUCUCUGACGAAAAAACCCGUUAUUUCUAUAGCUUUUGAUUAUGCGCAGGAGAAAAGGAAAAGGACAAACAAGAUCCAGACAAUCAGAUUAUGCACGCCCCGACAUUAGUCUUUCCAAUAGAACGUAAGCCCACCGUCGAGAUCUGCGACACUGACAAUCUGCAAGGAGCCGAUCCACGAGGAAGUUCAAGUUCAAGAAGAAGCUAUCAAAAAAAGCCGAAGUGACAAAAUGUUUGGUCCGGAUAGCGCAGAAGGUGAAAUUGGAUUUUGAUCUAGUAAAAUUGGGAAUCGAUCGUAGGCAAAUUAUGUUGAAGUUGGCUUGGAUCCGAAAUUUGUCCGUUCAUAUUUUUUGCUGCCUCACCACUGUGUUUCCAUUUCCAUCAAUCUUCCAUUUUCACUUUUACACCAAACCACAUACAGGGCCAGAAUGUGCUACGGUCAGAUCCUUCUGGUUCUUACCGCGAUGAUGACAACUCUUUGUAGGCUCUUCGCUGCAGGAAGGAUUCACAUCUUGAUGAAGACUCUUGCCGAGGCCCGCUUUUCCUUGUUACCGAGGCUUCUGAGCGCGGACAAAGAACCAGAUACUUCGGAUCCACCCCUUCAGCUCCGAGCGAGGAGCUGGGGGUACUACAGUUUUUUCGAGUUUUGAUAAGGCUAAGAAAAGUACUUGUACUUUCCGUGCAGACAUACUUACUCGGGCUUUGACCCCUUAUUUUAUUCAAAGAUGGCCAUAUUCCGACGGCGGCGUGCGGAUGAAGCCGUGCUUGUGAUACGAUUACGUGUCCCCGCGCAAAGUACACCCUGGCGUAGAGCGGUGCAUACGACAAGACCUCCGCGCGGCACUCGCCUGUUCGAUCAAGGGACGGAGCGGGAUGCGGGCCACAAUUUGUGGGCGUCGCAAACCCUCUUCUUCACGACCAACGACGUGCACUAGUGAUUACCGAGAAUCGGUUGCAGACUGACCCCUGUCUCAUUCUUCUCGUACGUGCACCUCCACGUCGGAUUUAUUUUGCGAGCCCAGGCACUACUUCCAGUGCCAUCACAACGGCACAGCGAUACCUGCAAGCUAAGGUGUGUUGCUUCUGCAGAUGCGCGGAGCCUACGAACAAGUGUCAGUCCCCUAUUUCAAUGGUGAGGAGAAGUGUAGCUCAUGUGCAAUUUGGGCAGCGGUGCGAUGCGCUCAGCACGAAGUGAGGAACUCGUAUUGGAUUUUUGAAUAUGUAUCCCCCGUCCGCGACGAGGUGAGGCGAUAAACACUCUGUCACUGGUGUACGACUAUUUUGUGUUUUCUGAACAAGCAAAAGGAAACGAAGAAGUGAGAUACAAAGUAUUGCUCGGC